AUGUCAAACCCACUUUCCUCCCUCCGCAGUCAUUUCAUCAAACACAUAACGUGCCACAAUCCCUCCGCCGCUUUCUUCUCCGUUCGCCGCCGCAUCGGUUCUCCCCAACCGCGCUGCCGCUUCACAUUCGUCCCCUCACCCAACGCGGCCCGUGAAAGCCAUUUAUCGAGGUUCAAUACCGCCGUCUCUAGUUAUUCCACACUGCCAUCGAGCAAUGGCGUCACCGACGCUGCGUACACUUCGCCGUACCUCUCAGUCCGCAUUUCCUGCCCCAGACGAGUUGCUGACAUGCUUUCGGAGUCUCUUCUGUGUUUUGGAGCUACCUCAACCACCGAAAUAUAUCAUGCACAGAUAUGGAUCAGUUCUACUUUCAAUAUCAGCCAGGAUGUGAAAGACUGCGUUGAUAGAGCUUCGGAUUCAGUUGGGCUGAAAGAGUUACCGAUUUACAAAGUCGAAAUGCAUGACCACACUGAUUGGAUCAAACAAACUCAGGAAUCUUUUCAUCCGGUGGAAAUUAAGGAAGGACUUUGGAUUGUGCCUGAAUGGAGGAAUCCCCCUGAUCUUGAAGCAAUAAACAUAAUUUUGAAUCCUGGUUUGGCAUUUGGAACUGGUGAACACCCUACAACAAAAUUGUGUUUAUUGCUACUUCAUCGGGUAAUAAAAGGAGGAGAAAAAUUUCUCGAUUAUGGUACAGGAUCGGGUGUUCUCGCUAUAGCGGCACUGAAGUUCGGGGCCGAACUUUCAGUUGGAUUCGACAUAGAGCCCCAGGCGAUUAUAUCAGCCCGACAUAAUGCUGCUCUGAACAACAUAGAACCAAACAAAUUGCUCCUGAAUAUUGUCCCCACCAAGAACGGUCCUAACUUCGAGAGUGAAUGUCCAGUCGAGCAAAAUCCAUACAAUCCGAAGAUUAUUGCCGAGAAAGAAAAAUAUGAUGUUGUUAUAGCUAAUAUAUUAUUAUACCCACUGCUCGACUUGGCUGAACGUAUAGUCUCGUAUGGAAAACCCGAAGCCACAAUUGGCGUUUCUGGGAUAAUAGCCGAGCAGGUUCCGAUUGUGAUAGAACGCUAUUCGCAGUUCCUGGAGAAUAUCGAUGUGAAGAUGAUGGAUGAUUGGGCUUGCAUAAGUGGGACAAAAAAGACAAAUGCAGCAUGCAUUACUAGUUAA